AAUAAACACCAUUACCUCUCCUACAUCAGCAAAGAGGGGGAGGACGCCAGGCACCUCCACCUUAAUUCUGCUCAUUUCUUGUAUUUUACGCAUAUCCCUAGACUCUGCACGACAGCGGGGCACCACCUUUACUCCGCGGAACCAAUACAAAACACCAUGGAAGGGUCACGGCAGGAGUGAGGAUGUGCUCCCCUCGCUGCUGCAAGAUGAAGCAGUGCACUCAUCCCUGAAUUACUUGGUAGGGAUCCCAACACCUCCACCCUGAGGCACUUGCACGCCGGUCACAGUCAGGUGCGAGAGAGAGAGGCAGAGAGAGAAAAAGAGCGAGCCCUGUACACCAUGAGCAGCAUCUUGCCCACGAGCAACAAUUACAGUUAUCAAGCCGCUCAUUUCAGCUCUCUGUACUCAUCCUCAAUCCAGGCUGAAGACCUCCUCCUACCCUCCAUACAUGACAAGAGCUUUGUAUGCAAGUGCAGCAAGAUCUUUUCCAACAAGGCAGACUUCACCCGCCACGUGAGGGUCCACACCGGGGAGAAGCCCCACAAGUGUAACGUCUGUAGCAGAGAGUUCUCCCUCAAGGGCAACCUCACCAAACACAUGCAGCUGCACACCAACCAAAAGACCUACAAUUGUACCGAGUGCCCCAAGACCUUUCUCAAGAAGGUUUACUUACACCAGCAUGCACGGGUCCACUCUGGGGAGAAGCCCUUCAAGUGUCCGCAGUGUGACCGGGCGUUCUCUCUCAAGGGCAACCUGGCACAGCACCUCAAGUUGCACACAGACCACAAGUCCCACCAGUGCUCGGAAUGCAACAAGCUGUUCAUGAAGAAGAGCUACCUGGACCAGCACAUGCGGACCCACACUGGGGAGCGGCCCCACAAGUGUCCCCAGUGCAAGCGUGCAUUCUCCCUGAAGGGGAAUUUGGUGCAGCACCUCAAGCGGCACUCUGGAGAGAAGCCGCACACCUGCUAUGAAUGUGGCAAGUCCUUUGCCCUGAAGAGUGCCCUGCGGGAACAUGACAAGGUGCAUGGGGAGGAGAAGCCUUUCUCCUGCCUGGUGUGCAGCAAGGCAUUCCGCAAGAAGGUGUACCUGGUGCAGCACACACGUGUCCAUACCGGUGAGCGCCCCUUCCCCUGCACGCACUGUGGCAAGGCCUUCUCCCAGCGCAGCAUCCUCAACCAGCACCUGAAGCGACAUGGGGAGAAGUCCUACAACUGCUCCCGCUGCCACAAGCUUUACCUGAAGAGCAUUUACCUGCCAGUCAAAACUGAGAAGGGCCAUGCAGAGCCAUCCUGGUGCCAGGACUGCAUGAAGGAGGAGAAUGUGGAGCAGUACAUCAAGCCCGACUACAACUUUGAAGAGGAAGAGGAGGAAGAGGAGGAGGAGGAAGAAGAGGAGGAGGAGAGCAUGAUCAGUGAGCAGUCCUUCAGCUCAUGCAGCAGCAUCGAGCACGAGGAAAGCCCCAAGGAGGAGUCUGCUUCCCUCACCAAGAAGUACACCAGCCUGAUGCCCAAGAUGAACCAUGGGGCCCAUGGCUUGCACCACCACCACCACCACCAUCACCACCACCAUGACUCCCUCACUGAGUACAGCAUCACCAACCUGGCAGCCAAGGGGAACAGGAAUCUGGCCGACGUGUACCACUCCCGCUACUACACCGGCCACAUGGGUAUUGGAGGGGACUCCACCCACCACAAGGCAGGGGCCAGUGUGGGCCAGAGCCUCAAUGCCUCCUUGUAGUGCCAUGAGCCAGCCACACAGCACCUGUAGUGUGGCUGGACGAUGCUGGUGCUGCUGUGGCAUCGUGGUGGCCAAGGUUAAUGUUGGUCAAGGAGAAACAUCUUGUCAUGAACUAAGUGAUAACUAUGUUCUCUUUUUAGGUGUAAGAGUUCAUUAUAGUACAAAUAUCAAAAUUAAAUUUUUUUUCUUUUUUCUCAAAUUGACUAAUUAUGAUGUAACAAAAUGCAGUUGCCAGCUUUCUCUGAGGGAGCAUUUUCAUGUUGCCAGACAAACAGUCUCACAAGCACAUUUUGCAACCCAGUAGUGAUGUCCACAGUUCAUGUAUUCAUGUGUGUCAAACAUUGUCCAUUCUUCCCAGAUCUUGGUGGAAGAGGAACACUCUUGUUCCCACCAUCGCUGCCAUUGACUUUGUGCAUCACAAAGCACCAAAGUCUCAUCAAAUUUUCUAAAAGCUGAACGUAAAGUAUUAACCUUCAGGAUUGCCAUGUCACCAGCCAUUCUGUUUACAGCAGUAUUACCAUUACCACAAAAGUUCACUGGAGGCUCUUGAGAUACAGAGGCUUGCACACUUUCUCCUGAUUGGUUUUGCAAAGCAGGUCUAAACACUGGAGAAUGAAAUACCUGAACAGUCCUGCCAAUCUCCCAGUCAAGACAUGCCAAUGAGAGUCUGCCAUCUCAGCAGUGUCUCAUCAGUGCAGCAAUGCAAUGUAUUCCCCUUCCUUAGUGUCGUCAUCCCCAUUGUGCCAGAAGUUAGUUGGUCUCAGUUUCUCCCUGUCUGAGGCUCACCUUCCCUCCUCUUUCCCUCCUUUUGCAUUUCCCCAUCAUGACACAACACAAUAGUGGCCAGGAUGUCAGUUAGGCGAGAUACCACUUAAUACUGCACUUCCUUCCAGCACUAACCUUGGAUUUGUAUUCAGUCAAACAUUACUGCCACUAUGUUGCUUUGAGGUGACCGCAGCACCGCUCACGGGGUGUGGUGGCGGCGAUGGUGGUGGUGCCGGCCGGCUGCCUGCAGUGCUUGGUCUCCACCGGUCAGGAGUAGUGAUACACAUUUAGACUUAGAACCAUAGCAGCAGAAUGUUUAGAUAUAUUUUUAAAAGUAGCCCGUCUGUGUCAUAUAUAUAUAUAGUAUAUAACACUGAAUGCCUAAUAUGCUUUAUAGUAGAACCCAAUUAAUUGUAGUGAGGAGGAGCAGCAGCAGCAGCAGCAGCAGCAGCAGCACUGUGGAUCUCUGUAAAUCCUAAAGUUACUCUUCAACUAAUUUUUUUUUUUUUUUUUUUUUUUUUUUUUUUUGCCACAUCAUGUUUCAACAUUCAUUUAAUGCUUUGUAGUGUCUGGAGCUUGUGAAGGCAUAGAGGUAAUGUUGAGUUUUGACUUCUCACAGGAUAAUGAAUGUGAAAAGGAAACUAGUGCAGUAUGUGUGUGUGCAUAUGUGUGUGUGUGUGUGUGUGUGUGUGUGUGUGUGUGUGUGUGUGUGUGUCUGUGUGUGUGUGUUUAAUGAUAAUGAUGGUGAUAAUGAUCAAUAGUUUAUUUGAAAAUUUAGCAUUUUAACAAAAAUGUUCAUUUUAAAGUUUAUUUGUUUGUAUGUGUGUGUGUGUGUGUGUGUGUAGAUGCAUACAUAUGUGGUAUGCACAAGGCAAGGCACAAUCUAUUUGCUUGUAAUGGGCAAACUAAUUUCAAAUUAUUAAUCUGGGGUUGUUUAAUAACUUUAUUUUCUCCGGCCAAAAAAAAAGAGUAAUCAACUCACUUCCUUGUAUAUAAUCAGGCUGUCACUUCUCACACACGCUGGUCAUUCCUCUUUCUCACCCUUAUUGUAAGGCUGAAGCUGUUUAUAUCAUUCCCUCUUUCCUGUCCUGUUGCACACAGUACAGUUUUCAUAGUAUAAUUCUAACUUUUUUCCACAUCAAAUUUCCACUGUAAUGAUUAAGUGCAUACCAAAUAUUCCUUCCCUGCAGCUCCCUCCCAACACUGUUCUUGGUGUUAGUGUAGACCAGACCCUCUUGUUUCAGUGGCAAGGAUGUUGUGUGUUACAAUCAGAAAGGGAUAUUACUUGAGUGAGAGACUAAAGAGAUGAGUGAGUGAUCACUAAAAAGAAAACUUUGAUCAGGUAAUCAUAUUUGACAUUUGUCUGUUUUGGAAGGAUCUGAAGUCAGAUUAUUGAGUUAGGGACUAGAGAUACUGAGUUUGUGGAUUAAAAGUAAAAAUGUUGAAUUGAACACAAGCAAGAAUGCUGGAUGUAGGAUGAAGGGAGGACUUAGGUGGUUUGUUGAAUGUUGUGGUGUGGGUGGAUGUGUGGGGGAGUGCUGAAGAACAGGAUAGGGACAAAAAUGUGUUCUGUAUAUACACAAAGCACAGAUAGGCAUGUGGCAAAUGAGCCAUUAUAAGUAUUCUAUGCAAAUACCUCACUUAAGUUAACUUCUCUGCCUUCUAUCUUAGGCUUUUGAAAGUACACAUACAAUUAGGGAAUAACAUAAGAUUCAGAAGGGAUGGAUGCACAAAAAUAACUGCACAGAGAAGUAAGAUAAUAUAAAAUAGAAUCUAAAUUGAUCUGCACCUAGUUUAUGCUUUGUAACAUUACAGCUGCCAACUAAAGAGCAAGUGAUCUAGGAGACCAAAGUACAUGCCACCGCCAGUGAAUGCUAACUGUACUUUCAUUGUAAUUUAAAGGUUGUUUGCUUGUUAAGUUAAACCAUGUACAGCUUUGGCCAUAAAUGAUGUCACAUAUUUCCUCAAAAUUACCCAUAUAGUGAUGCAAAUGGUAAAUCAAAUGGGAAUGGAAGUAUUACUGUAUCUUGUAAGUGAAAAAUGCUGAAAUCUGUGACAUCCCUUCUGGCUGGAGCUGUGCAGAUGAAGACACCAGAGCAAGACCACCCCACACACACACACUCACUGCCACAUCCCCCAGUGUCCGGCGUGGAAGUCAAACACAGGGCUAGGUACACAUGAUGGUGGGCUUCUCAGAGUGAGUGUGAGGGAGGCAAAGUGGAGUGUCAGCCUGAACAUCCAGAUUACAUACAGUCAACAAGAAAAGUAUCUGUCUUGGUGAAUGCAUCAGUCCUGUUCAUCUGUAGUUUAUUUGACGUUACAACAGUUGUGGUGUGUUUUAUGUUUUGUGUUCUUAUGAUAAAGUGAGGCCACAAAUAGGCCAUAAAGGCAGAGGAGUACUAAUACUUCCUUUGUUGACUGUACUUGUGUUGAAUGAGCACAUCGAGUGUUGCAAUAUACCUCCUUCAUCUGUCAGCAUUAGUGCCAGAUUAGGUCAAGUUUUGCAUAUACCAAGUCUAACACUUGUAAUGGCAUUUCUCUAAGAAAGUAAAUAUAUGGUCUUGUUAAUAAACUGAAUAUUAUUAA